AUCCUUUUGUGAGCGACGCGCCGGUGCUUGGUGUCUGCGCGCUCGGCCCCAGCUGCCACCGCGCCGACAUUGGUUCGCCGAACAGACACACGUAGGCUCGCAUCCAGCCGACCAACCCCCUCCUCUCCCCGCCCCCUCCCGACCGCCCCGGACAGACUGGAGAGCCGGCGAGCCGCGGGACAACCAAGCCAAGAAGCGACGACCGGCUGCUGCAACUCCGUGACGGGACGGACAGGACCGACAGGACCGAGGUGCAAGCGAGUAAGAGCGAGACGAAUGCACGGGUGUCAUUAUUAUUAUGAGAGGUGUGACCCCCUAACCGUGUGCAGCAGCACCGUGGCAGCUAUGGAACCCGAGGACAGAGGAGGAGUGGGCAAUGGGCCCGACACACAGCGAACUCUGGUGUGCACACUGAGGAGCGGAAAGGCCGAGAAAGCGUUCGCGGAGAGCCGGCAUCGCAAGAGCGCCACAUCAGGCGAGUUGCAGCAGAGGGAGGCCGAGGAGCGAACCCCCACGAUGCACCUCGGCAACGGGUCGGCGACCCCGGAGGCGCCAUACUGUUUCCGCAGCCCAGAGUCGGUGGAGAUGGACGAGAUCAUGGCGGCCAUGGUUCUGACCAGUCUGUCCUGCAGCCCCGUGGUCCAGAGCCCUCCACAGACAGAUCCCGGACCAGCUGGCCAGUCUUCCUCCGCCGACAUGGAGUGUGGCGGCGGCGAGCUUUCCGACAGCGGCAGCAGCGGCUACUGGAGCUGGGACCACGGCAACGUGAGUCCCGCCCCCUCGCCGUCCGUCGCGGAGCUGGACAGCAGCCCCGACGAAGGCCUGCAAAUGGAACUGGAGCAGGGAGAGGAGCUCGGUGCCAAAAAGCCAAAGAGCUCGUUCAGAGGUGUGUACAAGUGUCUGUGGCCCAGCUGUGGCAAGGUGCUCACGUCUUCAGUCGGAAUCAAGAGACACAUCCGCGUGCUGCAUCUGGGCAGCGGGGCAGAUCAGUCCCAGAGAGAAGAGGACUUCUACUACGCCAAGAUCUCCUGUGAGACCGUGGACGCCAGCUCCGCUCCGGCUCCGGCUCCGGCUCCGGCUCCGGCUCCGGCUCCGGCUCCUUCCCAGCAGGCCCUGGGCCAGGCCCCGUCCUCCCAUCUCAGCUGGGCCUGCGGUUCCCCUCCACCCUCUGGUCUCCAGAUCCCCCCAGCUCACAGACCCAGAUCCAACUCCAGCUCCGGGGCCGGCCCGAGCCGGCCCAGUCCGCUCAGCCAGUCGGCCCCCAGCAGCUUCUGGCAGAUUCACUCAGAGCAUCUCUAUCAGGCAUGUAGCCCCGUCCAAGUAUCUGUGGCCCCCAGGAGCCCCGGCUGCCAGGGUUGGACCCCCUCCACCACCGUCUCUGGCCACAGCAACACUCCGGUGGUCAAACCUCGCUGUCGGUCGGUCAGUGUCGGGGAACAGUGGCUCCAGCAGAACAGGCUGCAGCCCAUAAGUGUGUCUCCCUCUCGCACUCACUGCUCCUUCAGGAAGGGUCGCGGGGAGGCCAAGAAGUGCCGCAAGGUGUACGGAGUGGAGCGCAAGGAUCAGUGGUGCACCGCCUGUCGCUGGAAAAAGGCCUGCCAGCGCUUCCCCGACUAAAGACUGCUGAUGGAGAGAGAGAGAGAGAGAGAGAGGGGGGGGGGGGGGGGAACAAGACGUGGAUGGAUGAAUGAGUGAUUCAAUAAGAGGACAUAAAUCAGUGCCUGAGAGCCAUCAAGAAAAACAACACUUCUGGUUUGUUUUGCUUUCAGGCCACAUCCAAACUAAUACGUUUUCAUUUUAAAACGCAUAACUCCUGCUGCGUUUUGCGCCUGGUUACGUUUGCCUGGUUUGUAAAUUGCUACUCCCGACGUUGUCAAAUGGAGAAUUUUGAAAACGCUGUCACAUUUGCUUCCUGAUUGUCUUUCAUCAGUCAAAGGCGUGUCCUUCCCUGAUCACAUGUGCGGUGCUUCAUUUGUAAAUCUCUGUUGUUUUAUUUCUGUCUGUGAUAUUGCUGCCAUGGCGGGAAAAUCCAACUCUGGACGAAAAUUGUAUUUACAACUACGAAAAGCAUGUUUGAUCUGUUUAGACUGCCCAGCAGCUCACUGAUUAUAUGUCCUGGGAUUAGACCCAGCAGGCCAACCCGUGCAUACAAGUUUUAGAAACAGGAGGUCUUAAGAAUCUUCUUUGAGUAAAUAUUUUGUUAUUAUAGUUUACAGGAUAUUUAGCUGUUGUUUCUUUACGAUGCGUUUAAUACUUGACUUGUUUCUUUGCAGGGCUUUUAUAAAGGAAAUAUAAUAGUGCAUGAACAUGAGAUAUGAGUUUACAGAUAAUUACAAUUCCUCCUCUGCAUUGUGGAGGUUGGUUUAUGGCGUUUUGGCCGGUUACAGCGACCGUCUAUGAUCAUAUCUCUAUGAUUAUAUCUCUGAUCAUAUCUCUGAUUAUAUCUCUAUGAUUAUAUCUCUGAUCAUAUCUAUAAUUAUAUCUCUGAUCAUAUCUCUGAUUAUAUCUCUAUGAUUAUAUCUCUGAUCAUAUCUAUAAUUAUAUCUCUGAUUAUAUCUCUAUGAUUAUAUCUCUGAUCAUAUCUAUAAUUAUAUCUCUGAUCAUAUCUCUGAUUAUAUCUCUAUGAUUAUAUCUCUGAUCAUAUCUAUGAUUAUAUCUCUGAUCAUAUCUAUAAUUAUAUCUCUGAUCAUAUCUAUGAUUAUAUCUGAUCAUAUCUCUAUGAUCAUAUCUCUGAUCAUAUCUAUAAUUAUAUCUCUGAUCAUAUCUCUGAUUAUAUCUCUAUGAUUAUAUCUCUGAUCAUAUCUAUAAUUAUAUCUCUGAUUAUAUCUCUAUGAUUAUAUCUCUGAUCAUAUCUAUGAUUAUAUCUCUGAUCAUAUCUCUAUGAUCAUAUCUCUGAUCAUAUCUAUAAUUAUAUCUAUGAUCAUAUCUCUGAUUAUAUCUCUGAUUAUAUCUCUGAUCAUAUCUAUGAUUAUAUCUAUGAUCAUAUCUCUAUGAUCAUAUCUCUGAUCAUAUCUAUAAUGAUAUCUCUGAUCAUAUCUCUGAUCAUAUCUAUAAUUAUAUCUAUGAUCAUAUCUCUAUGAUCAUAUCUCUGAGUUACACUCGUUGCCGUUUUGACUCUUCGGUUCUUUCGGUUUGUUUUCAGUUUCGGAGCAUAAUGCAGUGCACGAGAAGCAGCGUUAAGAUCUGUCAAUCAUGCCUGGCUGUAAUCAUUUUCGACUUGUAAUGCCGCGAGUCCCGGAUCCUGGUCUAGACUGAAUCCAGCACAAAUCAGGCUUUCCAGUAGAAAAGGAACGGCGUGCGCUUUGCAACAACUCUCCCGAUCUGUUUUCCGCCACCUUGACCUCCUCGUGCAUGUCGUCACCUAGUGGUGAGGUUGCAGAUUGCAACCAAUUGAAACUCCUCUCCCGUGUGCCAAAUGUCUGGAACCACAAUUGGUCAACGCAACAGGUGUUUGGUCUGUGCAUUCGGAGCUGCUCUGGGAAGAAGGCCCGUUUUGCACAUCAAGAUAUACGGCUCAUUUUAAGGAGACAGAAACACAUUGAUUCUUAUUUUUCAGGUGAUUAUUCCCUUUCUGCCAGUAGAUCCUCCUGAGGUCCAAACAAAGAACUCUGGUCCCGCUUUCCGCCAUUGCUGAUCUUUAAAGUGCAGCGCAGACGGCCCUGUUUGCACCGGCAUCGCGUACACAUAGCGCGUGCCUCAGUCCACGAGGUGUGUUGGUGUGGACGGACGUCGCUUCUAGAAACGGUGCUAACGGUAUUAGUGUGGAAGUAGCCUCGGCCUUUCUGUUUCCUUUCCUAAAGAAAUGCAAAAUGGACUUUCUGUAUCUUUGUAACUUGAUCCUGAGAACUGAAGUCCGCGAUGGUGCUAACUGUUGACUGACUUUGACCAUGUGAUGUGCUAAUAAUCCUACGGUACUCUCCUACUUUAUCCAAAGGUUCAUAUUUCAUGUCUGCCCCUGUAGCUCCACUGUAUUAGACUGCUACUUGGCUGUUUUCUUUACUCCAAUCCUCUCUUCCAGUGGUUAUGAUGUACAUCAUAUUGUGUGCUUUGAGUUACGUACAAGUAUUUUAUACCGUUUUUUUAUCGUCUUGUUCCGCCCGCGUAUUGGGCAGAUUUAUUAUUUUUCUUUUUUUUUCAUGUUGUUUGGCACUUUGUUGUAAUAUAAACUCACAAAAUAAGCUACUUUUGGUUUGACUCAAUCAAGUUCCUGUUUCCUUCCUGCCCUUGUGUUGGCAUACGACCAGUGUUUAAUGGGUUAUAAGCUACGGAGUCAUGGCAGUGGGACUAGCGUUAGAGAAAUGAGUUUGUAAUAGCAAUAACAAAUAAGAAUAAAAAAAGAGGAACUAUAUUGUCAAACACAAAUUAAAAAGCA